ACGACGGCGACAGGGAGGGAAGGAGUCCCACGUCGUGCGGCGGGCCACCACCAACCGCUCUUCAGAGGCUUCUCCGUCCAUAUCCUCGUCAGUCUUGGCCUCCAUUCAAACGAGCCUCUUCUUCCUCCCCUCCGCGCUUCACACCCGAUGUUGCAGAGCGACACUUGAGUGCUGCUUUCUCAUCUUCCUUCUCCUCUGCGCCCUGGCUUUAGGCUCCCCAUGAAGAAACUCUCCCCAAAUUUCGACAGGGAGGACGCCCUGGACACGGUGCUUGAGGUGCCGGUUCCGGAGGAGAUGCUCGUCGCCCGCCCAAAUGCUUGGCAGAGCGUGAAGACGUGGAUGAGGCCCCAUAAGCAGCCCUCGUCCGUCUUCGGGGGCCGCGCCGCCGAGAUUCAGCUUCUUCUUGGUGUCAGCGGCGCUCCGCUGAUCCCCCUCCCUCUCCAUGAGGAUGAAGAACCCGGUCGGCCCAUGAGAGACGACCCUCUGGAGUCGGGCAUGGCCAAGUACAUAAUAGAACAGUACAUUGCUGCAGUAGGAGGGCAUGUGGCUCUGGACAGGAUGAAGAGCAUGUACGCGAUGGGCAAAGUAAAGAUGAUGACCUCGGAGCUUCACACGGGCAGUAAGGUUGUGAAGGCAAAGAACAUGAACAAGAGAGGGGAGUUCGGUGGGUUCGUGCUGUGGCAGAAGUGUCCGGAUCUGUGGUGCAUAGAGUUGGUGGUGUCCGGCUGCAAGAUUAGCGCCGGGAGUGACGGGAAGGUGGCUUGGAGACAGACCCCCUGGCACCCAUCUCACGCCUCUAGAGGCCCACCACGGCCACUCCGUCGGUCAUUACAGGGUUUGGAUCCAAAAUCUACUGCAAGCUUUUUCUCAAAAUCUGUAUGCAUGGGCGAGAAGACUAUCAAUGGCGAGGAUUGCUUCAUCCUUAAGCUCGAAGCAGAAUCGUCAGCAUUACGUGCUCGAAGUAGCAAAAAUGUGGAGAUCAUGAGACACACAGUCUGGGGAUACUUCAGCCAAAAGACUGGUCUAGUGGUCCAGUUUGAAGACUCCCAUAUGCUUCGAAUCAGCGGCAUUGGAGAUGACAGCAUAUACUGGGAGACCACCAUGUUGUCAGUGAUACAAGAUUACAGACAGGUUGAUGGCAUCCUGAUAGCCCAUUCAGGCCGGACAGAGACCUCAUUGUUUCGGUUUGGUGAGUCGUCGGCGAACCACACCAGAACAAAAAUGGAAGAGACAUGGACCAUAGAGGAGAUGGACUUUAAUGUGUGUGGCUUGUCAAUGGACUGUUUCUUGCCUCCCUCUGACCUCAGGGUGGAUCAAGAUGGAUACGAACCAGUCAUCCAUGAACCACUUCCUGGGCCGAGCUCGAAAACGGGUUCACCAAGAGAUGUUUUUGCUGUUAGCAAUGAGGAGACAGACUCAACGGAAGAAGAUGAAGCAGAGAACUAAGGAGACUUAGGAGAGUAACAAAAACUUGUAAAUAGAUGUAAUAUUUUGUGAAUUGCAAAUACCAAUUGUAUUUGUAGAGAUGUUUUGUAUCUCAAAAAGUUGGGAAAAGAAGGAAACUUUCUG